GCUUCAAGCAGCAUGCCUCAGAAUCUGAUGAGGAACGGAUACAGCAAAUUAUGGAACGAGCAUUAUUAGAUGCCAAGUGGGUGAUACAAAAGUAUAAACAACCAGGUAGCGCUUCAAAAUGAUAAAUAAUCACUAUACAUCUUAAUAUCUACAUGUAUUAGUAAUAGAUAGAAAAAUGAAUUUUGAACAGAUUGCUAGCGAGAACACCAAUAGCAGUGUCUUGCAAUUUUGGAAAGCUAUUGCAAUCUGGAUGAAAAAUCCUCAUGUUGUUAAUCGUAGGAUUCUAGGAUCUCGGGAAUUAUUAACGAUCAAAGUCAAUUGCAAUGUUCUGGAUAUUUUCGAACGUAUUGACAAGCUCCAUAUCCAACCUAAUGACUUUAAAUAUGAUUUAUUUUCAAGAAAUGUAAAAGACUUAUUAGAUACCUUAAAUAUCACAGAAUAUUGUCAAUCAUUUGAAUGUAUGGAUCCAUUUGAGAUAUUAAACGAUGAUAAAGUGUAUCUGUGCAUAAAAAAACUUUUGCCUCGCAACACGCAGAUAUUCUCGCCUACGCUGGAAUUUAUAUUUAUCGACAAGAGGUCCGCCAACGUUAUUAGUUUCCACAAGCUGAUGAACCUGGAUAAACAGUCUCUAGGUCCAAAUACAGCUUACGGUAUACAGCAUCACGAAUACGGCUCCACCUGUAUAAAUGUACAUAAAUCGGAUGCUGAUAAUUGUAGCAAAAGUUGUGACUGGUUGAGAUUCAAGUUCUUUCCGCGUUUGAUAAAGUGGAUGGAAAGCGAGAACGAUAUAGCCAGUUCAAAAAUCAGUUCUCUCAGUCUCAUCUCCAUCGAGAAAUAUACCUUGUUAUACAAUCGCUUAAAGGAGAAGUAUGGCGCGAAGAUGGUGGAGAUAUGGCCAGAGAACACAGAUCCGGCAAAGUUUGUUUAUGAGGAUAUUGCGAUCGCGACGUACCUGUUGCUACUAUGGGAAAAAGAGAGAUUAGAAAAAGGUACGCAGGAGCUGCAAUCAUUCAUCGAUCUCGGCUGUGGCAACGGUCUUCUCGUCCACGUUUUGUCUAGCGAAGGUCACAGAGGAACGGGAAUCGAUUUGCGUAGGAGAAAGAUUUGGGACUUAUUCUCAAACAGUACUCAUUUGCAAGUCAGCACAAUUGUUCCAUCCUCGGAGACAAUUUUCCCCGGAGUGGAUUGGAUCAUAGGGAAUCAUUCGGACGAACUCACUCCGUGGAUCCCGGUGAUUGCGGCGCGCAGUUCCUACGAAUGCCGAUUCUUUCUGCUGCCGUGCUGCGCCUACGAAUUCGACGGCGCAAAAUAUCGGCGGUGCAAUGCCGGCGAGAGUCAAUAUUCGGAGUACAUGUCUUACGUCAAGAGCGUAUGCGAAGGCUGUGGCUUUCUGACAUUAGUAGACAGGUUGCGAAUCCCGUCGACUAAGCGAACUUGUUUCAUCGGAUGGGAAAGGACCUACGCGAAAGAAAGAUCUGUGAUGAUAGAUGCUGACAUUCAGAAAAUCAUCAAUGCGAGGUCGACAAUUGUCACGUCAUUUGAAAAAGAAACCGUAGGAAGCGAAGCGAAGGAUGAUCCGUGGUCUUCAAGCUUCAAACCGAGGAGUUCGGUGGAGCAGGCGCGGAACUGCACGCAAUUGGAUAGAGAACUAGUUGUCAAUAUAGUCAACGUGAUUGCGGCACAUCUUUUAGGCGUUAAUCGUAGAAUAUCAUUGGAAUGGAGACCCGGUGAAACGUGGAAUGCUGGUGGGCAGAUCGACAUCGGCGAAGCGGCAAAGUUAUUGGCACCCGAAAUGCUGCAACAUCUACGAAACGAGUGUGGAGGAUUGCAAACUUUAUUGAAGAAUCAUAAUCACAUUUUCUUUGUCACCCAAGGAAAAGUACAGUUCAGGGCUCCUGGCUUCGUUAAUAAGAGGAAGAGAGUCAAGAGGAAAAGGAACAAUAGCGAACCAUUGAGAAAAGUUAAGCCUUGUUGGUUUCAUAAGAAUCAUCCCGAUGGGUGUCCUGCUCUCGAGGUCGACUGUGAUUUUCAACAUUAAGUUCCUUCAUUGCUUAUUCAGUGAAGUUGUGUUUCAUACUUUAGAAGUCUAUUAUUUGAGUGCGGUGAU